GGGAGCUCUCCACCACAGCAACACAUCCUAACCUCCCCUCCCUGUUUUUUUUUUUUUUUUUUUAAUUUUGAGAAUUGCUAAGUAGCCGGGGUCACUUUGAACUUGUAUCUUUCUGCCUCAGCCUCCCAAAGUAGUUAGGGUUCAUCCCCAGAGCCACAAAAACAAAGAAAAUACAAGAGAACUAUGGGUUUUUGUGAAACUUAAUUUGUUUUCUUUUUUCAAGACACGGUUUCACCAUGUAGUUCACACCAACCUUGAACUCACUGUGUAGCCCAGGCUGACCUUGAACUUGCAGUGAUCCUCCUGCCUCAGCAUCCCAAAUCCUGGGAUUACAGGCAUGUGCCACCAUGCCUGGAUUUUUAUAGUACCGAAAAUCUUAAAUGUCCAUAUCACUCAACUCUUAAUUUUUUUUCUUUUGUUAAUUUCUGUUCUGAUAGAAUUUUAAAAUUUUUAUUUGGAUUUUGUAUGCAGGUGGUGGUUAUAGCUGAGCUAUAAUCUCUAUAACGUAUGGCAACGGAGGGGAUCAGCAGAGACUGCAGGCACAUGUGAAGGCAGCGUGGUGUGGAGUUUACUGUGCCUGGAUGCAGGCAGGCAGGCAGAGCGCCAAGACUGUAGUGAACAGAGAAAACUGUCCCUUUUAUAGGCAUGGAGAGAAGGCAGGGGAUACUAGGUAGGAAGAUUAAUAAACAUCUGUGGUCAGAAUUCUGGCUGCCUUGCACUGCAGUGGGCAGAGUCCUGGAAGUGUCCGGUGUAAAGUUUUGGGUCUCCAAAUGUCAGGGAUCUGCAGGAUUCCUUGUCCUGUCUUAUCUCCUUCAUGACAUCCUGUGCUUGCCCGUGACAACUUGGGUGCUGAGCUGGAUUCCCUGCAGAGAGUAGCGAGCGCUUCUGCUGGUACACAGGUCGAGGGCUAGGUCAGUCUGGUCGGAUUUGAACCUUAUAAUCCUUUGUUAUUUUGAGACACAGGGUCUUGGUUAAUUUUCCGAGCAUGCGUGCUAACCUGAAGUUACUUAUUUGGGACUUGGCGCUUUGGUGAAAGAACAGCUUUUUUCCCCUUUUCCCCCGCUCAGACGGGAACUUUUGAUCUUGCCCAGGCCACUGAAUAUGAAAAAUAAGACCCUGCAGUUCUGGCCCUAACUUUUCUCCUCCACCUGCCGCCAGACCUGCAGGGGACUAGGAGCGCCCCCAGGCUCUCAUUUGUGGAGGUGUGCUUCACGGUGACCUUUUACAUUAUUUAAGCACCAGUCAGCAGGCGAAGUUGCUGUCGGGUUUAGAGACUCCUUGAGAAGCUGAGCAGGGGACGGCAGGGCCCGCGGCAGCUGAGAACAGCUCGACCAAGUGCUCUGGAUCACAGCGAGCCCCCGGACAGACCGCAAGGCGGGUGCCCUAGGCUUGGGGACCGGGUUGCGCCUGCCUAGCUGCAGCCCUCUACACCCCGCGCGGACAUCACCGAGAUGCGGGCCUGCCGCGGCCUAGAGCGGCGCCGCCGUAUUUCCGGGUCGGCGCUCGGUCGGGUUCCUACGGUUCCGGCGCCACGGGUUCCGGGCUCCGCAGGUUCCGGGUCCUGUGGGUCCCGGGCGGGUUUCGGUGUCCACGCCUCUCUGAACCCAGGAGACCCGGUGACCCAUCGACCUUCUGCUACAAGGAUGUCUUGAACCUGAAGACGGCGCAGAGGCAGACAUCCGCUGUGCUGCAGAUGGCCUGGCCACGGGGCUCAGGCCCGGUCCCUACUCGCACUCAGCAGCUGAGUGGGGCCCCAUGUUUCAGGAGCCGGUGACCUUUGAGGAUGUGGCUGUGACCUUCAGCGCAGAGCAGUGGGCCAGCCUGGAGCCUAUGCAGAGGGCUCUGUACCGGAAGGUGAUGCUGGACAACUACGCCAAUGUGGCUGCCUUGGCUGCCUUUCCAGUCCGAAAACCCACUCUCAUCGCCUGGCUGGAGCGUGGUGCAUGGGAGCAGGAGGCCCUCGAGGGGGCUGGGUGCUGGGUCCUGAAGGAGGCACCGGAUCUGGAGCCGGAGGCCACGGCCGAGUCACCAGGAGCGUGCCCUGGAAGCAGCACCCCGAGCGUGGGUUCUGCGAACCCGAACCUGAUUGUGCGCGGCGGGAUGAAGUUCUACAGGUGCGCCCAAUGCGAGAAGCUCUUCCGCUACAACUCGAAGCUGCUGCGGCAUCAGAUGAGCCACAGCGGCGAAAAACCCUUCGCGUGCAAGGAGUGUGGCAAGGCCUUCAAGUCGCGCUACGACUGCAGCGUGCACGAGAAGAACCACGCGGGCCAGGGGCCCUAUGGGUGCGCGGUGUGCGGCCGCGCGCUGAGCUCCAGCACGGCCCUGAUCCAGCACCGCAGGGUCCACACGGGCGAGAAGCCCUACACCUGCCCGCAGUGUGGCCGCGCCUUCCGCUGGAGCGCGGCCUUCCUGCAGCACCGCCGGCUGCACACGGGCGAGCAGCUCUGCCACUGCCGGGCCUGUCGCAAGGCCUCGGGCUGCCGCUCACUGCGCGCGGUGCCCCCGCCCGCCGCCCCCGGUCCGCAGCGCUUCCCCUGCCUGCAGUGCGGCGAGGCCUUCGCGCAGAAGGCUGCGGCCGCCCAGCACCAGCGUGUACACGCCGGGGAGCGGCCCUACGCCUGUGCUGCGUGCGGCAAGGCCUUCCGCUGGCAUAGCAGCUUCCUGCAGCACCGCAGGCUGCACCACGUGGGCAGACCCGGCGGGGCACGCAGGCCAGGUCCCCAGGGCAGGCAGGUCGUGGCCCAGUCCUCAUCGGCCUUUGCACAUACCCUGCUCAUUCCUGCCUCCGGGCCUGUUCUGCUGCUGCUGCUGGCAGCCCCUGCCACCUCGGGGACCCCGGGGGAACCUAGGGCACCAGUCCAGAUAGUGCGGGGCCUUGGGCCCUCCCCUAGGCCAGCCCAGCCCCUCCUGGAGCUUCCCUUGCCUGGCGGAGUUUGAGCUGCUUUCUGCCUCUGUGUCCGUGUUUUUAACUAUUUCUGUCUAUGCUGCGUUGUAUUUAUAUAAAUAGGUAAUGUCCGGGUUUGUAAAA